AUGUUAGAAUUUGACUUCGUGUUCUUCAAAAGAUUUUUGAAGUUAGCAACAGUUAUGUUCCCCAAAUUGUACAGUGGAAAUGUUUAACUUUGUAUUUCUCUACUUUGUCUUGGACUCCUAGAAGAAGUUGUGAUAUUCAAUAUAGGAUAUAUUCCAUCCAAGUAUUACAAAGUAUUUGGAACAAAAGAUAGUAAUGGUUUUAAAGAAGUGACAUUUAUGGCAGCAAUAAUCAUUCUGUCUAUAUCAUUUAUAAAAAGUACUGCUUUAUAUAUAACAUCAUUAUUACAGAUUAUAUAAAGAGCAAAUAUCACAUAUUCUCUGCAUCGGUUGUAUUUUAAAGAUGCAGUGUAUUACAACAUCAACUGAUUUGGAGAGGUAGACAAUCCAAAUCAAAGAAUCACACAAGAUGUAGAGAGAGUUUGUAAUAUCCUAAGUACCGUAUUUGCUCCAAUGAUCAUAGCACCAUUUACUAUAGGAUACUAUCUUUAUAAAAGUGUUCAAAGUACAACUUAUUUAGGACCAGGAGGAGUAAUUUCUUUCUUCAUCGUAUCCACUAUAAUUAAUAAAAUACUCAUGUCUCCAGUUGUAAACCUUGUCUUCAAGAAUAAACAAAUGGAAGGAAACUUUAGAUUUAAACAUAUGCAAAUCAGGAUGUAUUCAGAAUCGGCAGCAUUUUAUAAAUCAGGAGAUAUAGAAAAGAAUAAAACUAAUAAUCAACUACUCAGUUUACUCAAGAUUACACAGAAACUUGUUCUCAGGGAAUAUCCUCUUAAUUUCUUUAUUAACUUGUCUGAUUACUUUGGAAGAAUACUGAGUUACCUCCUCUUUGCCAUUCCAAUAUUUGGUGGAUUAUAUGAUAGCAUGUCAUCAGUUGAUUUGUCAGCUAAGAUCAGUCAGACAUCCUUUGUAAUCGUGUACUUAAGCACAUGUUUUACCAAUCUGAUACUUUUAGCUGUGAAAGUAGCUAGAAUGGCUGGAAAUGCACACAGAAUAGGUGAAGUUAUGGAAGAACUUGGAAAAAUUCAAAAAGAAAAAGAAGCAACUCAUCAUUUCAUAGAGAACGAAUCUAUAAUAAUGUUUCCAGUAGAAGAUAAAGAACCUUCUGUUGUUUCUAUAUAUGAUGAUAGGAUUCACCAAUAUCUAGAGUUUGUAGGACUAACUAACAUUUUGGAUAGGGUUGGCAUGGAUAUAGAAACAGACUGGAAUUGGUAUGAUGAAUUGUCUCCAGGAGAAAUGAAGAGGUUAUCUUUUGUUCGAUUAUUCUAUCACCAACCAAAAGUAGCAGCUUUAGAUGAAUCAACCAGUCAAAUAGGUUUAGAAGCUGAAAAGAAGAUGUAUCUAAAAUGUAAAGAAUUAGGAAUAACGCUUAUUAGUGUGGGCCACAGAGAAAGUCUAAGACAAUUCCAUCAUAUAGAAUUACACUUAGAUGGCAAAGGUGGUUGGACAUUACAACCCAUCACAGAUAAUAUAUUUACACAAAGUAAUGUGUAAGAUCAUGACAUUUAAUGAUUAUUGUAUGCUAUUUUAUGUAAUAGAUCAGUCAAUUGCAGAUAUUCUUUAACUGUUUUUGAUUCCGUGCAACAAUUUUUUAGUCAACUAUUUUUUUCUAAUUUUCGAUAUCUUUAAUCUCUCAAUUACAUUAUGUAGAUUUGGCAAAGCCAUGCAGUCACUGAAACAAACCAUGAUCAUAAAAAACUGUUGUUAGAAGUGUCCCCUCACUUAGGUGUCUCCACACUUGAAAUUUUGUUUUUUGUUAAAAGUUUAUAUUUCCUUAUGCUCUGCAUAAACUAAUUUUUCUUCUUAUAACAACCCAAUCUCUGUAAGAGAAACACGAAAACGUGUGAUAUGAUUGGAUCGUCUACAGAUUAGCGUUUCAUUCUGGAGGAAAUGGGAGGGCACAGCGUCCUGACCAAUUUUCAUGACACAAUGUUUCUUUGUAGAAAUGUUUGGUUCCCUGCUGUUUCCUUUUAUUUACAUUUAACUAUUUUUCUAUUUGGUUGAUCGAGGGAUUGGGUGAGAUCUGACGACGGCUUUCUUUCUGUUCUUAUAUAAGUUUUGAUUAAAGGUAUUGAACCGCUGACAGAUAGUUUAAUUGCAACGCUUAAUCAGCUGUCAGAUCGUCGGAAAGAUAUUUAGCUAUUUAUAGGUUAACUCAUUAGUUUACUUGUAUCAACAACACACACAGUUUCAAUCAAAAACACAAAAUUAACUGGAACAAAAUUACUGACCUAAUAAAUUUUGCAAAGUUAUAAGCCAAUGUACAAGUAGCUUUGAUUGGUAAACAUUAAAGACCCAAAAAGUUUUUGACACUGAUACAAUUGUGCAACUUAAAAACAAGCCUAUGUUCUGUUAUAGAUAAAGUCCAAAUAACUGUCAAUUCCUGGGAUAUAAUGGAGCGGAGGCCCUUGGGCCAACUCAUUCUAUUACAAAAAGAUAUGACAUUAGUAAUCUAAUAUAUUUUCAAAUAUUAAAUAUGAGUCAAUAAUGGUAUGUUUUGUUUAAAUGCCUAUUCAAAACAUAUAUCUUUAUUAAGUAAGGAAGUAAGAGUGCCCUUAAAGUGUAGUCCUCCAAACUAAGGGAGCCGUAAAAAUGUUGUCAAUCACGCUGAGUCCUCUCUGAGUAAACACUUUCCUGCACUUUUUGAAAGCUGCAGGAAAUUCUAACAGAUGCUAUUUUGUUACUAUAAUGAGGAAAUACUUUUAUUCUUGCGGUACCAACUACAUGGAUUUUUAACUGUAUAAGAAAAUAAAGUAUCUUACUCAAUGCAAUGGUAGUAUUUAUAUUUCUAUGGUGUUAUGUGCAUGCAAGAUACUUAUUUAAAUCAACAGUUCAUGAGCCUACAAUAUGAACAAGAGGUUUUUUAACAUUAUGAGCAUUCCUAAGGUUUCUGAACCCUUAUAUUGUAUGUCAUUGUUUCUAAAUGAUGUUCUACUGUGUUAUGCAUUUUGAUAUAUAUAAUGUAGGUGCCAAAAAUUAUUCAUUCAGACUUUACAUCGAAGGUAUAUUUCAUAUCAGUUUACUAAAACGCACUGUCCUGCCAAGAAUUGUCCUAAACAAAGUUGUGCAUUAUACUGACAUUAUAUUUAAAGACAAAUCGACUAUUUAGGUAAACAAUGUAUUGAAAAUAUAAACAAUAUACAAAUUUGU